AAAAAAAUUACAUAUAUCGUGACGUCAUCACGUCACCUGCGUUCCGCUGCGUACGUUGAACGACCACUCCUCCUUCUACAGAUACUUCCGUGUUUUGGCCGCUGCAGCAGCCUCGACUGUUUCAGAGUCAGCUCUUUUGUUACAAACAGGAACUAACCAGCACUAAUCUGAGCUGAACUCGUGAUUAAGAACUGAUCUCAGUUCAGCGGUUUACUCUGAUGACAGUCAGCUGAUCGUGAUCAGGAUAUGUGACAAGCUUUGAGUUCUCCAGCCCGAGAACAAGAAGUACGUUCAUAAUUUUUUUUUUUUAAGUUGCAGACAUGGCCACUAACCCACCAAAGUUAAGGACUAAGAUUACUGCCAAUGAACGGCUGCAAAACCUGAAGAAUACUUUUGAGACUAAGUAUGGAGAAGCUCCUCUCUUCUAUGCAUAUGCACCAGGACGGGUAAAUCUAAUAGGAGAGCAUAUCGAUUACUGCGGCUAUUCUGUCCUUCCCAUGGCCAUUGAACCGAAUAUCCUCGCAGCCGUCUCAGUGAACACUUCAGGGACAAUCACACUGGCCAACACAAACCCUCAAUACAAGGAUUACUCCGUGUCAUGUUCAGAGGACAUCGCCAUCGACAGAGAAAAUCCAAAGUGGCAUUAUUAUUUUCUCUGUGGAGUGAAAGGUAUCCAGGAGAAGUUUGGGAUCGUUCAGUUGGCUGGGAUGUCAUGUGUCGUCGAUGGAACCAUUCCUCCGAGCUCGGGCCUAUCCAGCUCUAGUGCCUUAGUUUGUUGUGCCGGGCUUGUAACAAUGGAGGCAAAUCAGAAGUCGCUCUCCAAGGUGGCGCUUGCCGAGCUAUGUGCCAGAUGUGAGCGCUACAUCGGCACAGAGGGCGGAGGCAUGGACCAGUCCAUCUCAUUCCUGGCAGAGAAGGGAACGGCCAAGCUGAUAGAGUUCCAGCCUCUGAGAGCCACUGAUGUGAAGCUCCCUGGUGGGGCUGUGUUUGUGAUCUCCAACUGCUGUGUGGAGAUGAACAAAGCUGCUUCUUCUCACUUCAACAUCCGUGUGGUGGAGUGUCGCAUCGCGACAAAGAUACUGGCCCAGGCCCGGGGUCUGGACCCGAGCAGGUUGAUGAAGCUGGCCCAGGUUCAGAUGGAGCUGAAGGCCUCCCUGGAGGAGAUGCUGGCUCUGGUGGACGAGGUGCUGCAUCCUGAGCCAUACGGCCGAGAGGAGAUCUGCAAGGUGCUGGGCAUCACCUCGGAGCAGUUUUCAACAGAGCUGCUGAGCGCUAACACCCAGCAUGAGAUGCAUUUCAAGCUGCACCAGCGAGCCAAGCACGUGUACGGUGAAGCUGCGCGGGUGCUGCGGUUCAAAAACGUGUGUGACUCUGAACCUGCCGACUCCGUACAGCUACUGGGAGACCUGAUGAACCAGAGCCAUGCCAGCUGCAGAGACCUGUAUGAGUGCAGCUGCACUGAACUGGAUCAGCUGGUGGACAUCUGUCUGAAGUCGGGGGCUGUGGGCUCUCGGCUGACAGGAGCAGGUUGGGGCGGCUGUGCCGUCUCCAUGGUUCCUGAUGAGAAGGUGGAGUCCUUCUUACAAGCAGUGAGGGAGGCCUACUACCUCCCUGACCCACGCAGAGCAGCGAUGGAGAAACAGAGUCUGUUUGUGUCGAGGCCAGGUGGAGGAGCUGCAGUUUUACUCGAGGAGUGAAAGACACCAGUGAUGUCUGUUUAUACAGCUAUCAUAUAGUCUUACAAACAUGGCUGCAGGGAAAUAAAUGGCAAUUUUCACACUUUCACUUGAGACAGGGGGCACUAGCAAAUAACAAUGCAAAAUGUCACCCUUACUUUGCUGUUUACUUUAACUUCUUCACUUUCCACAGAUUAUUCUUGAAUAACAAGGGCCAAAAUAUCAUUAACAGUGGUGAAUUAUUUCUUACAAAGGGAAUAUUGUUUUUUGUGUCGAAACAUGUUUAUUAAAAUCAGGAAUGUUUGGCGUUUUGUUUUUUGUUUUUUUUAUAAGUUGAUUUCUAAAAGAGGACAAAUAAAACAACAAUCAUGUUUAA